CCAACGAAGGCCCCCGCCCCUUUGGAAGUUUGAACAAGCCCAAAAGCAGCCAGCGCACCACACUUCGCCCCCGCCCGUCGCUGCGAGUGGGCCCAUGUCGUCGACGGCUGCGGCGCACCAGAAGGUAGCGGCGCCACCGACAGAGGAGGAGGCGCCGGAGCACGGGCCCUUCCCCAUCGAGCAGCUACAGGCAUCUGGAAUAGCUGCACUUGAUGUGAAAAAACUCAAAGAUGCUGGUCUCUGCACAGUGGAAUCUGUAGCAUACUCUCCGAGGAAAGACCUUUUGCAAAUUAAAGGGAUUAGUGAAGCCAAAGUCGACAAGAUAAUUGAAGCAGCUUCCAAGUUGGUUCCACUCGGAUUUACUAGUGCUAGCCAACUUCAUGCGCAGAGGCUUGAGAUCAUCCAGCUUACAACUGGAUCUAGAGAGCUUGAUCAAAUUUUGGACGGUGGAAUAGAGACAGGAUCUAUCACAGAGAUCUAUGGUGAAUUUCGCUCCGGGAAGACUCAGUUGUGCCACACUCUCUGUGUCACAUGUCAGCUCCCAUUGGACCAAGGUGGUGGUGAAGGAAAGGCUUUGUAUAUUGAUGCAGAGGGUACAUUCAGGCCUGAAAGACUUCUCCAGAUAGCAGAUAGGUUUGGCUUGAAUGGUGCUGAUGUACUAGAGAAUGUGGCUUAUGCUAGAGCAUAUAACACUGAUCAUCAAUCAAGACUUUUGCUAGAAGCAGCUUCCAUGAUGGUAGAAACCAGUGUCUUUGAAGUGGAGCUCUAUGUCUGCAGGUUUGCUCUUAUGGUUGUGGAUAGUGCUACAGCCCUAUACAGAACUGAUUUCUCUGGUAGAGGGGAGCUAUCAGCAAGGCAGAUGCAUCUGGCUAAGUUUCUUAGGAGCCUUCAGAAGUUAGCAGAUGAGUUUGGAGUAGCAGUGGUAAUAACGAACCAAGUAGUGGCUCAAGUGGAUGGUGCUGCAGUGUUUGCUGGGCCACAGAUCAAGCCCAUUGGAGGAAACAUCAUGGCUCAUGCUUCCACAACUAGGCUCUUUCUUCGCAAGGGAAGAAGGGAGGAGCGGAUCUGUAAAGUAGUCAGCUCUCCCUGUCUGGCUGAAGCUGAAGCAAGGUUUCAAAUAUCAUCUGAGGGUGUCACUGAUGUCAAGGAUUGAAAGCAUCUCUGCAUCUGUAGCCCACAGCAUAACUUGCCCACUUGAAUGAAUCUCUGGUCUGCUGGAUUCAUGUUGGUCCCUUGUACAAUCAAAAUGCCAGUACAGGCUUCCAGAAUGGGAAUGCAAAUCCAUUGGACUGGCAUUGUCAUCCUGUUGUCUCAGGUACCAUCCAAAGUUGUCCUUGUUGUAAAGUGCAUAUCCUUAGUGUGUCCCAAAUGAUAUGUACAGACAAUCAGUCACAAUUUAGCAACUCAUCAUGCUGCAUGCAUCCAUGUUCUUUUUCAAUGUACUUACUUGCCUUGAUGCCAAUUAGUUGAUUUUGUUUUGUUGUACUGCUCUGAACCAGAAAUCAGAAACAGUUGACUACCAACAUUGGCUUAUUCGGUUCUUAACUUAUGUAAAUUAGGUUUUCAGGAUAAGGUACUGUUUAACUGUCCGCAAUUAGCAAAAGUAUUAUCUCCUUG